AUGGCAUCUCUCAACGUCCCUUGUACGGUUCUCAGUCCUCCAUACACCCUCAUGGCCCUGGCCAUCCUGAAGAAUGUCCCGGUGGAGUGGGACCUCGAGUCGGGAGACAAGGGAGAAGUGAAGUACUCGUCUGCGAUUGGUCUACAAGCAGUGCGAGCGGAGCUGGAGAAAGAUGUACCGGGAAAAGAGAUUCCCCUGCCUCCCCUCCCUACCUUGUUCGAGUCGAAUACCCCUUUCAAAGACGUUCAGGGAAUCCUGGAUGCUCUGGAUGACUACCUAGCGUACAGAACAUACUUUGCUGGACCCAGGUUCGGUUUCGGAGACUGCAUCAUCUGGGGAACGAUCAAAAGCAACAACCCCGCUCUUGGAGCUAUCAGGAAGCCCGGUAGACCUCAUCUGCUCAGAUGGUACAACCACGUCAACGCGCUACCGAUUCCUAAGCAGGUUCACCAGAUGCAUGAAGAGGCUAGAAAGGAGAUGGAGAAGGGCAAGCGAGUGAAGAGGACCGAAUCUGUCGAGGUCGUCUUGCCGAAUGCUGUCCCUGGAAAGGUUGUCGUCAGAUUUGCUCCCGAGCCAUCUGGUUUCUUGCACAUUGGUCAUUUGAAAGCCGCCAUCUUGAAUCGAUUCUUGGCGGACCAAUACCAGGGCAAAUUUAUCCUGCGUUUCGAUGAUACCAAUCCAAUGAAAGAGGAGGGCGCGUUCGAGGAGGCUAUCCAAGAAGACUUGAAGAUGAUCGACAUCACCUAUGAUACGAUUGUCCACACCUCAGAUCACUUUGACAAGAUCACGGCUUAUACCGAGCAGCUCAUCAAGCAAGGAGACAUGUUCAUGGACGACACGGAUGGCGAGACCGUCAAAGAGCAACGACGGGCUGUUAUCCCCUCGAAGAAUCGCGAUGCUUCGAUCGAGGAUAAUCUCGCCAGAUUUAGAGAACUCCUGAAGGGCUCUGAGGAGGGACGUAAAUGGAGUGGACGUGCUAAGAUCGAUUAUCAACACAAGAAUGGUUCCAUGAGAGAUCCCGUCGUCUUCCGAUACGUCGAGGCCCCCCAUCACAUCACCGGAGAUAAAUACAAAGCUUAUCCGACCUAUGACCUCGCCUGCCCGAUCAUCGACCACAUUGACGGUGUGACACAUGCUUUGCGUGCCAACGAGUACUUUGCUCGACACGAGCAGUACCAAUGGUUCUUGGACAGACUCAAGUUCCCCAAGAUCGAAAUCUUUGACUUUAGUCGAAUCGACUUUGUGUACACUGUGCUUUCCAAACGAAAACUCAAGUAUCUGGUCGAGCAGGGGGCUGUGAAAGGAUGGGAUGAUCCACGAUUCCCAACUGUUCGAGGUAUCCGAUCACGAGGUAUGACCGUGAAAGGCCUGAAGGAUUACAUCAUCGGACAAGGUGCCUCCCAACAGCAGAUGCAGUUGGAAUGGGACAGUAUCUGGACAGCCAACAAACGAGUCAUUGAUCCUAUCGCUCCGAGAUACUGGGCGAUCGCCGAGGACAAGAUGGUCACUGUCGAUGUCACAGGUAGGGACGAGGCUGGCGAGACUGUCGAGAGCAAGCCUUUGCACAAGAAGGAUGCCUCGGUUGGAACGAAACAAGUGGUCUACUCCAACAAGUUGAUAGUUGAGCAGGAAGAUGCCGCAUCAUUCGGGGACAAUGAGGAGGUGACCUUCAUGGACUGGGGCAAUGUGUUCAUCACCAAAAAGGAUUCCGAUGCUUCUGGAUCAGUCACUCACUUGGACAUCAAGCUGCACCUUGAGGGUGACUUCAAGAAGACAUCGAAGAAGGUCACUUGGUUGUCUGCUCCGUCCGACAGCUACAAGCUCGUUCCAGUCACUUUGAUCGAAUACGACUACCUCAUCACCAAAAAGAAGCUUGAAGAGGACGAUAAUCUCGACGACGUGCUGAACAAGAAGACAGAGUAUCGUGUUCAAGCUUUGGCCAGUCCGGAAGUCGUCAACCUAAAGAAAUGGGAUAUCAUCCAAUUCGAGCGGAAAGGAUUCUACAUCUGUCAAGGUACAAAGGACUCAGAGGGUCGUAUGGAAUUCGGUUUCAUCCCAGAUGGUCGUGCGGUCACUGUACAGCUUAAGGCGGCUCCCGCAAAGGAGACCGUUAAGACCGGUGGACCUAAAGGAAGUUGGGGCAAGACCCCAGCCAAGCCGAAAGCAACUUCGACUUCGACCUCCACAAUGUACGAAGUCGACAAGGUGUAG